AAAAAAGAAAUGGUGAACACAACAUUGCCUCUAAAUAACAGCUUUCAAAAUGAAUACUUCACUGAUACAACACCAUCUGAAGAUUCUAGUAUAUUAGGAAUUAGAUGGGAAGACAAUAUUCGCCCAGUGUUGAGGGACAGACUGGAAUUUUCAAGAAGUAUACCCAAUGAAGCAGUAAAAAUAUGGCAGUACUUUUCUCCCAUAAUUCUCAUACUUGGAACACUCGGGAAUAUAUUUUCUACAGCUAUUCUAAGUCGGAAGAACAUGCGCAAGAUGAUAAUGUCAAAGUACCUGAUAAUGCUCGCGAUCGUGGAUAUGAUGGCAUUAUGGAAUGGGCUUUUUACAUCUUGGUUGCAAAAUGCAUUUGGUAAAAACAUACUGAUUUACCAUACAACUAUAUGUAAGACUCUGACAUUUUUGGUCUAUGUUUUUGCACACUUAUCACCGUGGAUUUUGGUAUGUGUUACAUUUGAACGAUUUGUGGCUGUUUUUGUACCACUCAAAGUAAAUAUCCUUUGCCAAAUGAAAACAACAAUCGCGACACUCGUGGUGCUCUCGAUUACAAUCAUUGGAUUAAAUCUACAUAUAUUCUGGACAUAUGGCAUCUACAAAAACAACGUUGGAAAAGGGACAAUAGAUAUUGUAUGUGAGCAAUCAACGGAUUUCAAAGACUUGUACAACAAAUACUGGGUUUGGAUUGACGCAACUAUUGCUUCAUAUUUGCCAUUUAUAAUCAUGUUUAUUUCAAAUAUGGCAAUUAUAGCGAGGUUAGUAUUGAGAAAUGCAAAAGGAAUUGGGAACAAUUUAAAAACAACAGCUAUGACUGUGACUUUAGUCCUUUGUAACUUUAUGUUCAUACUGUGCACAUUACCAAUCGUUUUACUGAUGAUUUUCAAAAAUCAGUGGUAUCCAGAGAGAAAGAAUAUACACAGUCCUGACUUUGUUUCAUAUAGCAAACACUGGGCUAUAAGUAACAUGUUUUAUUACAUCAAUCAUGCUAUUAACUUUCUGUUGUACUGCAUAGCUGGGCCAGUUUUUAGACGAGAAAUCAAGAACAUGGUUUCUGAUUUUUCAUUUGUAAUAAAAUGUAGCCAUAUUUGUAGAAAGACCAAUACUGUUGGAAUAUCAGAUGGACAGAAUACAAAUGAUUCAAAUGUAUAAUUUAUUCCUUCAC